AUGGCGGACGGCAAGGAGGCGAAUCAGGUCCUUGUGCAAUCCGGGUUCAGCGGAGAUCAGCAAGCAAGCGUUGGACCAUCAUCAAAGAAGAAGUCAAGGAGUAGAGCGGACGAUGCAGCAUCCAAAAGGAGAUGUGUGAGCACCGCGUGUAUCGCGUGUAGAAAGCGGAAAAGCAAAUGUGAUGGGAAUACCCCGAGUUGCGCCGCUUGUGCAAGCGUGUAUGGCACUGAGUGCAUCUACGAUCCCAAUAGCGACCAUCGACGGAAAGGUGUAUAUAAGGAAAAAAUCGAUAGCUUGAAAACGCGAAACUCAACUUUACAAACGCUCGUGCAAGCGAUUUUAAAUGCCGCGGAGGACGAUGUGCCAGAUCUGAUAAGACAAAUACGGACAUGUGAGAGUUUGGACGAUGUCGCGGACAAUAUACUUCGCCAGGAGCAAGGACUUGAAGACGACGACGAUCUGCUAGAUGACAAUACCGCCUAUACCACCUCGACCUUGCCAACGUUCGAAACCGAGUUAUCGGGAAAGAUGGGAGAAUUAAGGCUAGAAAACGGAUCGGUACGUUUUAUUGGUGGCACGUCGAAUCUAAUAUAUCUCGAGCCGACGGAUGAUGAGGACCAUAUGGCUGGGAUGGAAGCGUAUACGCAACAGGACCAGCCGUUGACAACUUGGACGACGGUUACAACUGAUACCGAGCUUAUCGUGCAUCUAAUCAAUAUGUAUUUCACCUGGCAUUAUCCUUUCUUCAGCACAUUAUCCAAAGGCCUCUUCUAUAGGGACUUUCUCCGAGGCAAGCCUGACGGCAACCCAAAACGGACCAUAUACUGCUCGAGUUUGCUGGUAAACGCCAUGCUAGCUUUAGGAUGUCACUUUACCAGCUCACCAAAGGCAUGUGCGGAUCCCAACGAUCCUACUACAAAGGGCGAUGCAUUCUUUGCAGAAGCGAAAAGACUGAUUGUAGAUAACGACGAAUACGAAAAGCCUAGGUUGACCACCGUGCAAGCUCUGUGCCUGAUGUCUGUUCGUGAAGCUGGUUGUGGUAGAGAAGCCAAAGGAUGGGUAUAUAGUGGAAUGAGUUUUCGCAUGGCCCAAGAUAUGGGCCUAAAUCUUGACUCUGGUGGGAUGACGAAUAACCGAGAACACAUGGAUGAACAAGAGAUUGAUGCACGGCGAAUAACAUUCUGGGGCUGCUUUCUGUUCGAUAAGUGUUGGUCCAAUUACCUGGGAAGAUUACCACAGCUUCCUGUGUCCAAUAUAACGGCGCCAAAGUACGAUGUUUUUCCAAACGAGGAUGCCGAUAAAUGGUCCCCAUAUACGGAUAGUGGCAUAUCACAAUUAAACGUCCAAGCAUCUAGGACCAGAGCCAUCGCAUUACAGAUCUCCUCAUUAUGUGAGAUAAGUAGCGAUUUGUUGAUUUUCUUCUACCAUCCGCAGCAUCUGGAGAGAUCUGUCGGGAGAUCUCAAGAACUGAAAAAGUUGAGCGAGUUGCAAACACGGCUUGAAGCCUGGCGCCGAGAUCUUCCAAAGGAGCUGGAACCAAAAGAUGGACAGCUACCUAAUGUUCUGCUCAUGCAUAUGUUCUUCCAGUUAUUAUAUAUUCAUCUCUUCAGGCCAUUUCUGAAGUACAAUCCCUCAAACUCACCUCUUCCUUCUCAUGUGUCGCCUAGAAAGCUCUGCACACAAGCUGCAGGAGCAAUCUCGAAACACAUGCGUCUGUACAAGCGAACCUACGGCUGUCGACAGAUAUGUAAUAUCGCAGUCUACAUGGUACAUUCCGCGUGUACAAUACAUCUUUUGAACCUGCCAGAAAAGACCGCAAAAAGAGACAUUGUUCACGGUGUAAAACACCUCGAGGAGAUCGCCGAAGAUUGGCUGUGUGCCAGAAGAACCUUGAGUAUUUUGAGUGUACUGGCCAGAAAGUGGAAGAUUGAGCUCCCGGAAGAAGCUGCCACCGUUCUUGCCAGAACUGAUGUCAAGUUCGGUCAUUUCAGCACAUCAGAUGUGCCAUCACCUAAACAGGAAUUGGUAGUCGCAACACCCCCUUCUUCAAUACCCUCACCUCCACAGCCCUCCCGCGCUCAGCUACAGAUGUCGAACUCACGGGAUCCAAACCAAUUGAGACAAAGUAUCUACAGCUAUGUUCCAGACAGCGGGGUGUCGAUGGCCGGCGCACAACAGACUUUGCAGAACGCUCGAAAUCCCCCGACUUCUGGUUCGAUGAACAGCAUGCCUUACGAUACGACUCUAUCUUCCGUACCAUAUACACGUAACAAUUAUGGCACUCAUUCCACAAACACUUCCGUAUCUGUACUAAGUCCAGAUAGCAAUUUGCCUCGCAACAAUUCUGGUACCACCACAACUUCGACUGAAACUUCUGGGACCAUGACUCGGCAAGUGAGUCCAAACACAAUGUUUGGUGGCGUUGAUGCGCUAGUUGACAGCCAAGACUGGUGGUUGAGGGAUCAAGCAAGUCUUGUCCUUGGCUUUGACAACUGGAUGAGUACAGGAGGUAGCGAUGGCAUGGGUAACGGCAGUGGAACUUCCCCAGAAUUAACGAAUCUACCGAACAACCCCGCCUCCGGAUUUUUCAUGUCGAGCAACGUGAACGGUGGCGGGGUAGAUGCAUUUGCAGAUGACGAAUGGUAUGGAUGA